CCCAAAUAAAAAGCUCUAGCCAUCCCCCUCCUUGUACUCUCUGAAACAACCUCCAAUAUGCCCAGAUCACCAGCCAUGGCAGAGGCACACCCUCCUCAUUUCCCCCUCCACCCUCCUUCUCCCUCUUCUUUAACCAGCAAUUCUUUUUUACCCAUUGUUGGCGGUGAACAUGAUGACUCACUAUUUCCCCACAGAAACACAUAUGAUUUAAACAGCAAGAUCAUGCUCGCUGCAAUUGUAUCAUUAUCAUUUGUUGUUGUUCUAGUUAUACUACUCCAUCUUUAUGUAAGAUGUAUCCUCAGACGCCAAUCCCGUCAGAGAGCUUUGAUUCGUAGCCUAGGACUCCCAAUUGCCGAUGCCCAUAAUCACUCCGGCGAGCCACCCAAGACCGGUCUCGAUCCCGCCGUCAUUGCUUCACUUCCCAUGUUUGUCUACAAGCAAACUGGCAAUGAUGAAAAUGAUGAUUCCUCAUCAAAAGAAUGUGCUGUCUGUUUAAGCGUUCUUGAAGAUCAAGAAAUGGCAAGGCUUUUACCUAAUUGCAACCAUACUUUCCAUGCAGAGUGUAUAGAUAAAUGGUUAAGUUCACACCCAACUUGCCCCAUCUGCCGCACGGAGGCUGAGCCAAAGAUUCAGCCGGUGACCCGUGAGGGUCCAGCUGGUGUUGCAGCGACAGCACCGCCGUUGGAGAGGGUGAAUUCUACAUUAACUGUGUGCGUAGAGGGGACGUCCGAUGGUGUAAAUCAAUCUUCUAGCAAUAAGGCUGCUGGUGGUUCCAUUUCUCGGUUGAGCUCUUUUAGAAGGAUACUUAGCAGGGAAAGAUCAUCAAGAAGGCUUCAAUCUGAGGUUCAAGAAGGUUUUCAAGAUCUAGAGAGGCAAUAAUUUUUGGUAAAAUAGCAUUUAUUUGCACUAUUUAUUUUAUUAUUUUUUCAGUUUAUUAUAGAAUUUUAUUUUUUCUAUUAGAUUUUAGUUGUAUACUUCUCCUAUAUAUUGCCUCAUUCAUUGAAGCUAGCAUGGAUGUUGUCAGGUUAGCUUAGCUUGUUACGCGUAAAGAUAUAUCACUCAUUUAAUAGAUUCAGGUUUGAACACUCGGUACUCCGAUAUUUAUUAAAAAAAAUAAAUGUUGCAAGAGAGUUGUGAAUUUUUA